UUCCCCUAGUGUUAGCUAAACAUCAUCACGACCUUUGAAGGCUCCAAUCCCGGUCGAAUGAAUGAAUAAAGUCCGGACACAGGUUUUAGCAUGUCAAAUUUUGCCAUGAGUGCCCUGUGCCGUAAUUUGAUCAGGGGAGUGCUUUGUGCCCCGUCGACAUGUUUAUCUGUAACGGGAUUUCGGGAUUUUUGCAGUGGAGUCUCACGACUGAGAGCCGCCAGUGCUGUAAACUUGACCUAUGAUGUGUUUGAUGGGACGGUAGACAGCACGCCAUUGGUGUUUCUUCAUGGCUUAUUUGGGAGCAAGUCAAACUUCUACUCUAUAGCCAAGUCCCUGGUGCAGCGGACAGGCAGGAAGGUGCUGACAGUAGAUGCGCGUAACCAUGGCAAAAGCCCACACAGUCCUGUAUUGACCUACGAAACAAUGACCUACGAUCUGACGCAUCUGCUUGGACAGCUGCACAUUGGGAAGUGUGUCCUGAUUGGGCACAGCAUGGGGGGAAAGGUUGCUAUGACGACAGCUCUAUCUCAGCCUGAUUUAGUGGAAAGGUUGGUUGUUGUGGAUAUUAGUCCCUCUCAGACUUCAGCCCGCACCAAUUUCCAUGCCUACAUCCAGGCAAUGAAAGAGGUGAAGAUAGCCAGUGAUAUCCCACGUUCCACAGCACGAAGAUUGGCUGAAGACCAGCUCAGGAAGAUAGUUAAGGAGCGUUCAGUUCGGCAGUUCCUUCUCACUAACCUGGAGGAGCAAAAUGGUGACUAUGGCUGGAGGAUUAACCUGGAAGCCAUCUCAAACCACCUAGAGGACAUGAUGGCUUUUCCUGAUUUUAAAACCACCUAUGAGGGUCCAACUCUUUUCUUAGGUGGCAGUAGCUCAGCCUACAUAAGCUCGGAGGAUUACCCUGAAAUCCUGCGACUUUUUCCUAGUGCUGAUAUCCAGUACAUCCCAGAUGCCAGUCACUGGAUUCAUGCUGACAAGCCUUUGGAUUUCAUCAGCUCCAUAAUCACUUUCUUGCAAUCAUAGUCCUUGUCUCAGGUGAGGAUACGUACAGGUGCGCCCAAUGAUUAAGGUAUGGUGAAUGAAUUGUUAGGAUGCGUGGACCAAGAUGACUGUUAUUUUAGGUCAAUCUAGUCUCGUACCUUAUAAUGCACAAUAGCGCCGGUAUAUAAUUCCUGAUAGUUAGUGUAUUCAUUUUUCAAUGUGGUAUUUGCACUGUUGCGUAACAUAGUAUAUUAAUUUCAAUUUUAUUAAAGGAUGUAUAGAAACUUUUAAUCAAGGACAUUUGUUCAUAGCUGUUACAAAACAGUGGAUCUAGUGGUAUAUACUUUACCUUCAUAACUUGUAUGAUAAAUGGACUAGAUUUAGAUUUUUGUUAUAUAUUUUUUGAUUUCAAAAAUUAAAACAAUAUUUUAGCUUUAUAGCUAAAUGACAAUUGGACUAUAUUGACAUUUGUUUUGUUUUUUUAAUACUUUAAAUUAUAUAUUUUUUUGGUAAGCAUAUUGUUGACAUGGAAACCCUUUCUCUGUGCUCUGACAAACAAAUACAAAGAUGUCUAUGCAACAGCGUGUGACUUAUUUAACUGUUCUCAAGCUGAAAGCAUCUCUCACAGUCUCAGCUUUAGAUUGAAUAAGACCAUAACACUUUGACGCGCAGCCAAGAAUUGUUACUUUUUUCUGGAAACAGAAAUUUGAAAUGUCUUAAAUCAUUAAUGUUGUAGGGCAUAAGAGGUUUGUUUCUGUUGUUUCAAAAUGGUUGUGCUAUAAGUUAGGUGGGUAACACUUUAGUUUGGGGACCGAUUCUAACUAUUAACUAGUGGCUUAUUAUUUGGCAUAUUAAUAGCAUAUUGGCUAUUUAUCAGUACUUAUAAAGUAGAUAAAGUAGAUGCAUAUUCUACAUCCCUUAAUCCUACCUUAAAACUUAACUAUCAUUAUUAAUUUAUUUAAUAAGCAGUAAAUUAGGAGUUUAUUGAGGCAAAAGUCAUAGUUAAUAGUGAAUAUGUGUUCCCCAAACUAAAGUGACCAUAGGUGUUUUAUUAAAACAGUUUUGUAUGACUUUACAACAAAUGUAGAUGCCGCAAUGUAACUAAUAAGACAUCUUUCAGAGCAUCAGAAAUUACAAAACUACAAAAAUUAAGGGUUUUGCCUGAAACCCUUUUUUUAUUUGGCCCUGGGUCCUCUUUUUUCAAACCCCUUGUUCUGUAUUUAACGAAUAAUAAAUAAAUCGAUCAAAUACACAAGUGUGAGAUAAAAUACCUGUUUUGGUGCUUGUUCAGCCAUUAGAUAGCCUACUGCACAGUUAUCUUUUUGGAGCAUUUGCAGAUAUGUUAGUGUGAUUUAUUACAGACUAUGUGCCUACCUCUGCACAUUUUUCAUCUAAUCUUGAUAGGUUUAUCAUCAGUAGUUUUAUCACAGUUGGAUGGUUAUUAAAGUACCAAAGCAGGGGUUUAUGGGAUUUUUGUGUUAACAUUGUGUGUGGCACACAUUUAAGAAUAAAUAUACAUGUGGUACUGUUUUGGCAAUUUUCAGUAUAAAAGCUGCUGUUAUAAGGGGAUAUUUUUGUUCAUUGUGAAAGUGUCGAUGUUUGUAAACGAUUUUGUAUAUCCAUAUACAGCCCAUUCUCACUCCCAAGGCGUCACCUAACUGACGCCUUGGGAAGCAUUUGGACAUGCUUCAAUAUC